AUGCCCGAGUCCACCGAGGAGGAGGAGGAGGAAUCCUCGGACGCCGAUCUCAACUUCUCGGAUGACGACGAGGGGGCGAUAGGCGCCGGUUCCCCGCCGGUCUAUCGAGGGGCUGGCGACGAGGAUAUGCCAGUGACGCUGGGUGAGGCGAGGCUCACAUCAGGGUCAUUGGUGGAUCCGCCCCCCGCGGCGACAGAGCGGAGGUCGCCCGCGCCGGCGGCGGGACGAAGGUCGCCCCCGCUGGCAGUGGGCAGGAGAUCGUCCACACCCAUGACAGGGCAGAGGUCGCCCCCGCCGGCGACGGGUAGGAGGACACCUGCGCCUGCGGUGUUGACGGGUGGAGGCGGAGGGUCCGCGGCGAGUGCAGAGACACCCGCGCAGACAGCCUCGAGGCGCCAGGCCGACCCGAGGGUGGCGCCUUCGGGCCAGUCAUCGGGAGGCGUCAGCGUGCCGCGGGCCCUGAGGAGCGGCUUGGGCAAGCGCAGCAUGAGCGCCCGGUCGGGCUCCGGGGCUAUCGCCAGGGAUGCGGCCCAGCUUGCGCCGACCAAGGCCCUCAAGACCGGGGGCGACGCCGGCCAGAGCGGCAUUGUAACAGCCGCUCAGGCUGACGCCGAGGGAGAGGUCGGCCGGGGCGGCGCAAAUGACGCCACCCGGCCGGACGUUGAAAUCGAGGCCGGCCGGGGCGAUGCGGAUAGCGCUGCCCAGCCGGUCGCAGGAGGAGAAACUGGUGGGGGCGCGCAGGAGCACCCCGCCAGCCAAAGAGAGGUGGAGACCCUCGUCCUCGAGCCCCCGAGGGCUGGGGUCGAGAGUGUCACGGAGGAGGGGUCAGCGCCGAGGGCGCCGGCAGUGGAGGAAACCCGCGCCCCAGAGCCUGCAAGGACCGAGGGUGAGGGUGUUGUUGCAACGGCGACGCCGCAAACGGCGCCGGAGAACGUGGUGCUGGUGGUGCAGCUGCCGGAGAGUAGCGACGAGUUUGGGGACUCGAGGGACAUCAACCCUGCUGCUACGGCCAGCGCCGCCGACCGGUUCGCCCAGUUCGUGUCGGCCUCCGAAGAGGUGCAUAGCGCGGGGAUGUCCGAGGGGCCCCGUCACGGGGCGAUCAUCCAGUCCGGGGUCCCCUUGGAGUUUCUCAGCAAUGAGCAGGAGGAGGAAGCGGUCUGGAAGGCGCAGAUUGAGUACGGCUCUCGGGUUAUUGUAACACCCUAA